AUGACAGAAGAAAUUGUCUGGCCUAUAGAGCCACGAGUCACAUGGAAGAAACCACUUUGCACGGUGCUGCCUCAAACUGAAGAGUGGCAUGGAAGAGAGAAGAGUUCGUCACGCAUGGAAGUAGAGGAUAAUGAAGACAAUGAACCAUUGGAUGGUCUAUACACCGAGGAAAUUCAAGCUUACUUCUACAGGAGAGAAGACAGAAUCCUGGCAAGCACUCACGGGUGUAGCUGUCAUUUUAGAGAGGGCAAGAAGUUGAAUGGCCCAGAAAUUUUUGAGCGGAACAAAGGCAAACUAUUCGCUGAGCAAAGGGGACCUCCUCCAAAGAAAAAGAAGAGUGUGCCCAAGGAGAAGACUUUAAGUGAGUUGGUAGAACAGGCUCAAAGAAAUGAACCACCAUCUGUUGAAAAGGAGAAUGAACCACCAUCUGUUGAAAAGGAGAAUGAACAAAGACCAAAAACAACACAGGAGGUUAUCCUUGAGGCAGAACUGGACCUAACAAAAAGAGAGUUAAAGAAUCUAGAGGAUAGAUUACACUACAAGAACAGGUGUUACACUGUGACAGAGCUUCCAGGAGAUGUUAUUAGAAUGGAAACUGGGCUUCCAACAAAAGAAGUCUUUGACNAAGAUAACUCUUUAAAAAAUGAAUUCUUUCGUUGGUUGAUGCACCCAAUUACUAAUUAG